AUGGCGGCGUCCGUAGGAUGGUUGGGGGCUGCGAGCAGAUAUUUUUUGAAGGGCUUUUUAAAAAGUCCUGCUAUCACGAGGUCUGUUGUCGGGUCUGCUCGUUACCGGUCAACACAAGCCGUGAGUGAAGUGGUUUUGAACGUACCUGAGACUAAAGUAACCACUUUGGAAAAUGGACUCCGUGUAGCCUCUGAGGACUCGGGGCUGUCGACCUGUACGGUCGGACUGUGGAUAGAUGCCGGAAGCCGUUAUGAGAACGAGAGAAAUAACGGCACUGCGCAUUUCUUGGAGCACAUGGCAUUCAAGGGUACAAAGAAACGUUCUCAGUUAGACCUGGAGCUGGAGAUUGAAAACAUGGGAGCUCAUCUUAAUGCCUACACAUCCAGAGAGCAAACAGUUUACUAUGCCAAAGCCUUCUCCAAGGACCUGCCUCGAGCUGUGGAGAUCCUGGCUGACAUUAUCCAGAACAGCACGCUGGGAGAAGCGGAGAUAGAACGUGAGCGAGGGGUCAUCCUCAGAGAAAUGCAGGAGGUAGAGACCAACCUACAGGAAGUAGUGUUUGAUUACCUGCAUGCCACAGCUUAUCAGAAUACAGCGCUGGGCAGAACCAUCCUCGGACCAGCUGAGAAUAUCAAAACUAUUAACAGAGGAGACCUUGUUGAAUACAUCACCACGCACUAUAAGGGUCCGAGAAUUGUGUUGGCAGCAGCUGGAGGGGUGUCCCAUAAUGAGCUGAUUGACUUGGCUAAGUAUCACUUUGGAAAGCUGCCUGCUAGAUACAAGGGGGAGGCGCCAGCUUUGCCACUGUGCAGUUUUACAGGAAGUGAGGUCCGUGUACGAGACGACAAAAUGCCACUGGCACACAUUGCGAUUGCAGUGGAGGCAGUGGGCUGGUCUCACCCUGACACCAUCCCAUUAAUGGUCGCCAACACACUCAUCGGGAACUGGGACCGCUCGUUUGGCGGGGGCGUGAACCUGUCCAGUAAGCUCGCACAGAUGGCAUGUCAGGGGAACCUGUGCCACAGCUUCCAGUCCUUUAACACUUGCUACACAGACACGGGGCUGUGGGGUCUCUACAUGGUGUGUGAGCCGAGCACCGUCCAGGAGAUGAUGCACUUCACUCAGCUUGAAUGGAUGUCUCUGUGCACAAGUUUGACUGAGAGUGAGGUUGCCAGAGCCAAAAACCUGCUCAAGACCAACAUGCUGCUUCAUCUAGACGGCUCCACACCCAUCUGUGAGGACAUAGGCAGACAGAUGCUCUGUUACAGCCGCAGGAUCCCCCUGCAUGAGCUGGAGGCCAGAAUAGAUGCCAUAGAUGCCAACACCAUCAAGGAGGUGUGUACAAAGUACAUCUAUAACAAAGCUCCUGCAAUCGCUGCCGUUGGGCCGAUUGAACACCUUCCAGAUUAUAAUCGAAUCCGCAGCGGCAUGAACUGGCUCAGGCCCUGAGAGUCAACUAUUCACAAACGUUACCUUACAAAUCAAGAAUAUUUAUGAGUUAUGUGUAUUUUUAUUUUAUUUUAUUA